CUCAUCACUCACAUUGUGAAGAGCAUGGAGGGAAGAGGCGCAGCAGGGCUCUCCUUCUGGACCAGCCUGGGCCUCCUCCUCAUCUCAGGAGCAGCUGUGGGGACCAUGAGCCAGAAUGCUUACUCUCUGGAUACCUCGGUGCAGCUCGACGUUUCAGGCGAAUGCAACUUAUUGACAAGUGACGCUGUGGAGUGGAAAAAGGACAACAAACGUCUACAGAAGAAAACGAGUUCUCGCCAAACAGAGCUGGAUCCCAACUGUAACUGCAAAAUUCUAUCCAACGGAAGUCUGUAUCUCCAACGCCUGGAGAAGGAGGGAGAAAUGACGUACGUCGUAGAUGUGCAUGACAGUAUUGGGAAGCACAAGUGUACUAAGUCGGUGACCGUGAUUGGGCAAUAUCCUGUGGACACUCCAUUCAUGAACUUCACAUGUCACGAUAGGAAGAAGAUAGAAGUGUUUUGUUUUAUCCCUCGGGGGACGGAGCCGGAAUUAUAUCUGAAGCAGGGAGGAGCUACACCGAGGAAUGGGAAAUCCCUGAGCCAAAAUUUUACCCUUAAACCAGAUGCAAAUUUCACUUGUACUGCCAAAAACAAAAUCAGCGAAACAUCUCACACCCUAACACCCAACUGUGAUAAGGAAGAAGGAUGGAACUGGUACCUGUACCUGGCUGUGGGCGCGGGAGGCGUGGCUUUCAUCAUCUUCAUCGCCCUCAUCAUAUACAGCGUGAGAUCCUGCCGGAGGCCAGAUGAAGAGACGAUGUACAACAAUCGCCGGCAAAUCAUACAAGAGCGCCAUCUGCCACAACCUCCGGUCCAGGCCAGCGCCCCUCCCCCAAGUGUCGCCACCACCGAUGAAAUAGACUACAUCAAUUCCCAGAAGCCCCACAGACAGGGGGCGCCAGAGACCGCCCCGGAGGGCAAGAAAGGGCGACGGACCAGGCCGAGACCCCCGGAGCCCCCAAAUGUGCAGUCUGAGAACCUUCCGCUGCAUCACCAGGGUGCGGCGCCACAACAGACGAGGCCAGCUCUGCCGGGAAACCACCCCAACGACACCGCGCCGAGACCGACACCGCGCACCAAGUCCAAACCGCCCCGGCAGAACCGGAAGAGCCACUAGAUGGAAGCCGGGGACACCUUGUGGCCAUCGGAGAAACUGCAGCUCUCCAACCUCACACUGACUUCCCGCAGACUUCAAGGGAUCUUGUAAUUCUCCGACCAAUCAGAGAUCUCCAUAUGGGACUGGGAAUCCUCCACCCCACAUCGGAAGAUUGGAUCUUUCUGCUGCCCCUUUCAUUUUCUUAGGAUUGUACAUAGACAGGAAAUAAUAUAUUGUGAUGAUGUCAUACGGAUCGGACUGCGAUCAAAGACCUUGGACUGUCCUAAAAUAUUGAAUUGGACUGUGACUGUAGGCGUGGCCUCAUGGGUUGGGGGUGUGGCCUUGUGGGUUGGGGGUGUGGCCUCAUGGGUUGGAGGUGUGGCCUUGUGGGUUGGGGGUGUGGCCUCAUGGGUUGGAGGUGUGGCCUUGUGGGUUGGGGGU